AAUCUAUAUAAUCCUUUUCUUUGUUUUUCUUAGUGGUCACUGCUUGCAACAUGGCAGGAGCUGCUAUGUAUGAAUUGGUACGAGUUGGCAAUAGUGAGCUUGUAGGAGAGAUUAUCCGGUUGGAGGGCGACAUGGCUACUAUCCAGGUGUAUGAGGAAACCUCUGGUGUUUCAGUUGGAGAUCCUGUGCUUCGCACUGGCAAACCUCUCUCUGUGGAACUUGGCCCAGGUAUCAUGGGAUCCAUUUUUGAUGGUAUCCAAAGACCUUUGACAGACAUUAGUAGUCGGACUCAAAGUAUAUACAUUCCCAGAGGAGUAAAUGUGACAGCUUUGAGUAGAGAUAUCAAAUGGGAUUUCACUCCUAUAAAAAAUCUGCGAAUUAUUGAAGAUUUAAGAUGGAUUUCUCUAAACUCCCCAAAAUCCGUGAUGAAGAUAGAGAAAACUUUUUUGGCUUUGUCUAUGGAGUCUCAGGACCUGGAUGUUGUAUUGGAGCUGGAGUUUGAGGAUGUGAAGGAGAAAUUUUCAAUGGUCCAGGUCUGGCCUGUACGUCAGAUCCGUCCUGUCACAGAAAAGUUACCUGCAAAUCACCCUCUUUUAACUGGUCAGAGAGUCCUUGAUGCACUGUUUCCGGAUUACCCUAUCUGAGUACUUUCGUGACAUGGGCUAUCAUGUCAGUAUGAUGGCUGAUUCAACUUCCCGAUGGGCAGAGGCACUUCGAGAAAUUUCAGGGCGGCUGGCUGAAAUGCCUGCUGAUAGUGGUUAUCCAGCCUACCUUGGUGCUCGUCUAGCUUCUUUCUAUGAACGGGCUGGUAGAGUGAAGUGUCUGGGGAAUCCAGAAAGAGAAGGAAGCGUUAGCAUAGUUGGAGCUGUAUCUCCUCCUGGUGGUGACUUCUCUGACCCAGUUACUUCUGCUACUCUGGGUAUUGUUCAGGUGUUCUGGGGCUUGGAUAAGAAGCUUGCUCAACGUAAACAUUUUCCAUCUGUGAAUUGGCUCAUUAGCUACAGCAAAUACACACGUGCUUUGGAUGAAUACUAUGACAAGCAUUUCCCUGAGUUUGUUCCCUUGAGGACUAAAGCAAAAGAGAUACUGCAGGAAGAGGAGGAUCUUGCAGAGAUUGUACAGUUGGUGGGGAAG